AUGGCAGACCAGACUCCAACCCCACCGCAACCGACCACUCCAAUUACAACUCCUGCGCGCCGUACCCCUUCGGAUGUCUGGCGUGAGAUUGAGGAUGGGUACAUCAACCCUCCACCACUCUCUCCACGUCGUCAACGCUUGCAAGAACAGAUUCCCGGUUCAGAUACACCGCCUGGGUUUCCCGGUACAUCCGGUCACCACCAAUUGGGCCCAAAAGAACGGCACUUGGAGAGUCCAGACGCCCAAGCCAAUUCUCCUCCCCGUACACCGCCAUCACAGCGACCUUCUCAUGAAGAGGAAGAAGCACCAAAACAGUACCCUCAAAGAAGUCCGAGCUCCAUUUGGCGCGGCAUCCGCUCCGGCUAUGGCCCCGACUAUAACUCCAAUGCCUCUUCUUCUCCUCCGGAGGACACUGAUGAUAUUACACCUAAGGGAAACAGCAAAGGAUCAGCGCCUUCAAGCAACCAGAAACGUUCAUUAGUACCUGAUACCCACGAUUCUCAUCCUCAGCCUACCUGUCCUAUUCAACCCAAGUAUUAUCAGAGUGUUUUCCGAGAACAUUUCGAUGGGUUCCCACCAGCUCAAGCCAAAAAGUCUCCUAGACGGGGACUGAUUACUGGUGGUGGUGCUGGCGGUCGGAGAGAUGUAUACUACGAUGACACGUUGGGCGAGUGGAGAGCCAUUCCCCCAAUUCAUGUCGAUACUGAUUCGGAGUCGGAGAAGAGUUCUGAGAAGGGAGAGGAGGAGGAGGGCGUUGGAGGGGUGUGUGGAAGGCGGAAAAAGACAGAAAACAAAUUGAAGAAAGCAGUGAACUGUGUUGUCGACGCCUUGACCAAGGGAAGGGAGAAUAAGGAUGAUGAACCAGAUAAGAGCGACAGGUUGGAUGGACCGAUCGAGGAGCCAAUCUUUGAAUUCGAGAGCAUCUAUUAG